UGGACAAUUGCGAUCUUGCUGGUAACAAACAAGUAGGACAUCUUCUAAAUGAAAUGAUGUCUGCUGGUUCCAGCAAACCAUGGCGUGAAAUUAUAAAACCCCUUACUGUGCGUAAGCUGACUCAUCUUACAGGAACAGCCUUCAUAGAAUACUACAAUUCAAUAAACGAAUGGUUGAGUGAGGAUAACUUGAGUAAAAAUUUGCAAGUCGGCUGGACUGCAACAGAUAGAUGCACAAAGGCACAAUAAACACAGCUGCACAAUUUGACGAAAGAAUAAAAUCGCAAU